AUGUCCUCACGUUCUCACAGAUUCACCAUCAACAACGUAUUCAAAGAUUCAACACCAAGCAUUGAGGUUAACGAAGAAUCUAAAUUCGAUAAGCUGUCCUUCCCUUCUGUUGGCACUCUUUAUCAUUCUUCUACCAUUUCUGAUCCAUUUAAAUCUCUUAUUCAAUACAACAUUAAAUUAAAUGGAGAAAAGCCAAGAGAGAUUGAUGGCAAGGUUUACCAAUUUCAAAGUGGUAAAUGUAAAGGUUGUAAACAGUGCACAGCUAGUGGGUGUUCACUUUGUUACAAUCUUAAUUCAAAGAGAAAGCUGUGUCCUGUUCAUAAUUGCAAUUUGGAACAUAGAAAGUGUAAUACCAAAUUUUAUAUUGGCUCAACCAGUCAAGACCAGUUCGUCUAUUCUUCUUCUUGUCAUUCACAUCCAAAUCCACCUCCAAGAAAGAUUCCUCCAAGCCAAAGACUUGAAAUGGGUGCUGCAUUUCAAAACAAUACUACUCUUACAGCCAAAGAUGUAUCAUUGGGUAUUGGAUUAUCUGAAAUUCCUGCUUUUGAAAAUAGAGCAUGUGCAAAUAUUUCAAGAAUUCAAUCCAUCAAAAGGCAAGCUCUAAAAUUGGGUGGCUCAUCUCCUUCCUUGGUUAUUUUGAAAGUUGAAGAACAACAUGUACCAGAUUUUCAAAAGAAAAUGAAAGAUGUUGAUCCUUCAGAUUUACAAUGGGUCAGAAACAUUGUAAACGACGUGGAUAAUUCUUUGAUUCAUACACAAUUUCCAUUAUUUUCUAAAAUAAUUAAGGAGAAGGCGAAUUUUCUGGUAAUAGAUUUAAAGCAUAAGUCAAAAGCAGGUCCUUAUUAUCAUCACCUUGGUUUUUCUUCUUUUAUUGAAGAACAAAAGGGAGGUCAUUCAAUCCAAUUAUGUAGAAUUCUAAUGGAAGAACAAACAUAUCAAGAACCGUUUCUAUUAUUUCUAAACACUCUUGAAAAAGAUGGUUGUAAUUUGAAUGAAUUGUUUGUUGGGCCUAACUGUAAAAUCAAAGGGAUUUUGGUUGAUUUUAGCCAAUUUCAAUUAAAAGGUUUAAAAGACGCCUUUAGGGUAAAGUUUGGAGAAAAAGGUGAUUCUAUAAUUGAUGAAUUGGUUUCAGGUUGUUUCGUACAUUUCCUUCGUUCAGCAAGAAGAUUGGUAAAUUCGCUGCCAAUAGAACAAGAAUACAGAAAUCUGGUUUUCAAAAUGUUGGAAAGUGUUAAAGAAUUUAAGAAAGAAGAUGAAAUCAUCCAUAUCAUCAAUGCUAUUGAGGUAUUCUGUGCAGGAGCAGCAACUUGGUGUACUUGGUGGAAGCAACCACAUAUCUUGAAAUUGCUUCUUGCAAAAAGUUCCCAAGAAAAUGAUAUACCAAGACAUACAAACCACCAAGAAAUUCUUAAUGUAAACGUACCAACCUAUGGAGGUAACUAUGUCAUUGAAUCAGAGAUGCUCUUGAGAGAAGAUAUGUUGGCAUUGAUAAGAUAUUUGAGUCUUUGUUCUGGUGUGGAAUUAUCAUAUAGAAAUACUACUAAGCAAGGGAGAGAGAAGAGAAAUCUGUCUCGUAAACAAGCUCAAUUCGAUAGUAGACCAGCAGAUACUGUGGCUAGAGGAAUAGUUCCAACCAAUGUUUCGACAAUAAGUGUUAUCAAGAAUUUCGUUCAAGGAGUGGAAGAAAUGGAAAGGAAGAAGCUUGAUGAUUUUGCAGGAGAGCAAGCUGACGAUUUGAAUGACAAAGAUUUUACUCCUACUGGAUCCGUUGAACCUGCAAAACAAAAGAGAACCCCUCGAACUCCAAAGAAAGGCGUAAAAAGAGCAGCCAAGCCUUCACCCUCUCAAACUAAGAAGAAGUCAAAGGUGAUUGAAGACGAAUAUUCCAGUAGCUCAUCUGAUGGAUUUGAGAGUGCUGCCAGUAAUUCUAUUACUGAUGAGUCCGAAAGUGAAUCUGAUUCCAUUCGUGAUACUGAGAUAUUCACAAGAUCCAAAGGAUUAAUUGGAGAUCCAAAUAGAUCUGAAAGUGCUUAA